AUGUUCAGUGUUUCUAGUAAAGUUCUAUGCCGUUCACGUUUGAGACGUGCUCUGCAGAGCAGGUCGAUGAGUAACUAUUUCAAACUGUUUCCAAAAACAUUCCCUUCACAGAAACCGGAGUGGGCUGUCGAUACAAAGAGUCUGCGGAAGGAGUACCGAUCGCUACAGGCAAAGUUCCAUCCUGAUGCCAAUAUCUCCACGCCAGAGGUUGGGGAGACUUCAUCUUCCUCAGAUCAAUCUUCUCUACUGAAUAUUGCUUAUGACACUUUAAAGACCCCUUUACUAAGGUCACAGUAUAUUUUAGGUUCUUUCUUCGAUACCAACUUGCAACAAGAAGCUGUUGCAAAUAAAUUCUUGAAUGGCGACUCGAAUAUCUUGUUGAAGAUAUUAGAGAUACAUGAGAACAUUGAAGAUUGCCAGGACGCUGAAGAGAUAGAAGAAUUGAAUAAUGCGAAUAAGUCAAGGAUCGAAAAUGUGGAGAAAGAACUGGAUUCACUCUACGGUAGAUUGUUUAAUGGUCAAGAGCAUAUAGUUAGGGAUACAGAGCUUAUGGACAUUAUUGCUAAAAAGACAGUGGAAUUGAAAUACUGGAUUAAUCUUUCAAAGGCAAUCAAAGAAUGGGAACCAGAUGCAGAUAAUUCGAAUAUUACAAUCAACCAUUAA